GCAAAGUAUGUGACUUAUGUUCUAGGCUUCGAUAUACGUAAUACUGUUAGCGAAUCAGUUUUUUUUAACAUCAUAAAAUUGUUUUUUUUAUAAUGAACGGGCACACUCUUCUCUUAUUCCAAAAGGAUAAUAAUCCCGAUUCGCGUACUUGGACUGAACACGAGAAUAUAACUUUGGCGGUUGAAGCUAUAAUUGCAAUGUAUGAAACGCGGCUCGCAGAGUCACAUCCAACUCGUGGUCAUAUUCAUUAUCAAGUUGGUGAUCUAAUAGGAUUUAUUGGUCAAUGUAGAGAAUUCGCAGCACUUGUGUAUGAUCAGAUGAUAAAUGCUUAUGUACCAAAAGACAAAGCUUGGUUACAAGAAAAAAUCGUUACUCACUUGAGAAAGAAGCUCGAAAAUCAAAAUCACAUUAAUGGUGGAACUGUAAAUGGUCAUCAAAGUGGAAAAAGAAAUAAUAGAGGAUUCUAGUAAAUAAAAAGCUGAAAGGAAAUUUGCUGCAACAUAACCAGACAAAUGAAUAUUAAAAUUACAAAAAAAAAUUAGGGUUGGUUAUGCUUGUAAAUUAUUUUAAUUACUAA